ACCAGUAAAACUGAGACUCUGAAGUCUCUUCGUGGAGCGACUCUCAGUUCCUCUGGAGGUGAAGGCAGCAGACUGCUGGCCUCCUCGGUCAUCCCAGGUGGACAGCAGGUCCUGUGGAGUGGAGUGUUCAGUGUGGACGGAGGAGAAAGUAACACUGAGCUGCUGCUGUUUGAUGUCAGUCCUGAUCUCAGCAGGAAGGCAAACACAGAUCCUGACUUUUAUACAUCGAACAAGCCACAGAACCCACCGGUUCCUGUGCUCCUGAAACACAAAGCUGUGCUUUUUAAGCAGAACCUCAUGAGUUCUGUUCUGGCCGUCAGGCUGAACGGCUGGAUGGUUUUCUUCAUUGGAACAGCAGAUGGACAGAUCAUCAAGCUUCCUGUGGACAGGAAUUAUCAGCCCUCCUGUCCUCAGAUCCUCUACAGAACCAGUGGAGACAACAAAGUGUUUCCAAAAGUCCAACUGGAUCCAGUGGAUCAGAAACAUCUCUAUGUGCCGUUUAAAAACCAGGUGAAACGUGUUCCAGUGUCAAACUGCAGAACUUACCAAAAUGUGAAGGAUUGUCUUUCUGCCCAGGAUCCAUUCUGUGUCUGGUGUGUCUCUAAGAAAAGCUGCUCAUUUAAAGACGACUGCAGAGGUUCAGAGAGGCUGUCCAUCCCUGAUGAAUCCAAGCAGAAAAUAGUUUCUCACAGAUUUCUGAAGGAUUCCACAGGAGAGAUGAAAAUAAUCAUCCAAUCACACCUGACUAUAGAGAAGAAGGUUCAGUUUAACUUCACCUGUGAUUUCUCUACAACCUCCAGCCAGCUUUGUAAAAAACAAGAACCAAAACCACAGUACCCACAAUGCACCUGCAUUCUCAAUGACCCCUUCCCUGCUGAUGAUCUUGACGUUACCGUGACGAUCAGACUUGGAGACACAUUUCUGACAGAAAAAAUAAAGAUGGUCAACUGUUCCAGUAUCCAGGGGCAACCAAGUUUUCACCUGUGUCAGCGGUGCAUCAGAGCAGGAUGUGGAUGGAGACAGAACAGCUGCACCUGGGAAACUGAUGCAGUCAGCAACGACAUUUGUGCAAACAUUGAGCAGUUUGGGAGAAAUUUUUCUAAACCAGAGAUCUCCUCCAUCUCUCCCAGUGUCGUUUCUUUCUAUGGCAGAAAUCAGGUUGUGUUGUCGGGUCGGAACCUCAGAGAUGUGACCAGAGUCAGGAUUAAAGCAGACCCGGACUGUGACCCGAAGGAAUCCCCGGUGUGGAACAACAACGGCUCCAGUCUGACCUUCCAUAUUCCCAGCACAGAAGCUAAAGGUCUGGCCAAAGUCUGUGUUCUCCUUCCAGAUGGGAGUUGCCACGGCAACUUCCCCGUCACCUAUCAGUCUUCACCAAUCUGCACUGAUAUUACACCAAGCAGCAGCUGGAGAAGUGGGGGCAGGAAGAUCACUAUUUCUGGGACUCACCUGGAUUUGGUGGAGGGGAUCACACACAGCCCCACCCAGCAGGAAGUCAUGUCUCCCAUGAGCAGCAGCUAUCAGACUCUCAUCUAUGAAACACCUGCAGCCAAGAACCCUCUGGUGUCCAGCAGCACCGUGUUUCUGAAAGUGGUCAAUGUAACGUUGGCAUGCUCUAAGAAAAUAACUUACUAUCCUGACCCAGAGUUCUCCAGCUUCACAGCCGUGAAGGAAAGGGAAGAUGUUCGUAUCACUAUUCAGAAAAAGGCAGAUAACCUGCAGAUGACAGAAGCAGAGCUGUCAGUAGUGGGAAUUCAGAAUGAAGUUGAACAUGCCUGCAUCAUAAUACCCGAAGAAAUCAGCAACAAGACAGAAACCUUUAUCUGUGAGAUCAAAGGACUGCAAAGCUCUGACAUUGAUAUGGUCAAGGUCAAAUAUGGAUAUGAAUCUAUAACACUGAACAAAUCAUCUUCAUUGUUUUAUGUAAUACUGCUGGUCAUAUUCCUGAUCCCCAUCACCCUGGUUGUGGUGUUUUUCGUCUACCGAAGACAACGGCAGCAGUUCACCGUUAGGAUGAACAAGUUGAUGGAAAACCUGGAGUGUGACAUUAGGAACGACAUCAGACAAGGAUUUAUAGACCUGCAGACAGAAAAGGCUGACCUGAUGGAAAACGUCGGAGCCAUUCCUUUCCUGGACUACAAGCACUUUGCUUCCAGAACCUUCUUCCCUGAGAGUGAUUCUUUAAUUAAGCUGUGCGUCAAAGACAUUGGUCAGGACGUGGAGAAGGUGGAGCUGGAUCAGCACUGCCAGAGAUUCUCCAGCCUGAUCCAGGACCAGCUGUUUCUCACCACUAUGGUGCACACGUUAGAGGAGCAGAAAAGCUUCACCAUCAAAGACAAGUGCACACUUGCGUCUCUGCUCACUGUGGCGCUUCACGGCAACCUGUCGUACCUGACGGAGGUGAUGGAGGUGCUGCUGAAGGACCUGAUGCAGCAGAACAGCGCCACCACUCAGCCCAAACUGCUGCUGAGACGCACCGAGUCCACGGUGGAGAAGCUGCUGACCAACUGGGUGUCGGUCUGCCUCUACGGCUUCCUGCGGGAAAGUGUUGGGCAGCACCUGUUCCUGCUGGUGAGCGCGCUCACACAGCAGAUCUCCAAAGGGCCGGUGGACUGCGUGACAGAGAAAGCUCUGUACACACUCAGCGAGGACUGGCUGCUGUGGCAGGCUCAGGACUUCAGCCAGUUGAAGCUGAAGGUUCUGUUCGCGGUGGGCAGUGAUGGAGAGGUGAGCGAGCCUCUGGAGGUGGACGCCCUCAGCUGUGACACCGUGGAGCAGCUCAAAGAGAAGAUCCUCAACACCUUCAAAACCAAGUUUGGCUUCGCUUACAACACGUCUGUCAGAGAUGUCAGUGUUGAGUACGAGAGGGAUGGAUCGUUUCUUCCUCUUCAGGAAGUGGACAGAGGCUCUGAGGUGAUCGGGGAGGUGACGAAGCUAAACACACUCAGACAUUACAAGGUUAAUGAUGGGGCCACCGUGAAAGUGCUGUCAAGGAAAACUCAUCCUCCACUCAGCCCACAGGGGAGUGUGAAAGAUGAUGAAAACUUCAGUGGAAAAUACUUCCAUUUGAUUGACCCCGAUGUGGUGGAGGACCACGGGAAGAACCCAGAGAGGAAGAAGCUGAAGCUGAAGGAAGUGCACCUGACCAAGCUGCUCUCCACCAAGGUGGCCGUUCAUUCCUACGUGGAGAACCUCUUCAGGUCCAUCUGGGGGAUGACCCAGAGCAAAGCUCCCCUCGCCAUCAAGUACUUCUUUGACUUCCUGGACGCUCAGGCAGAGACCAUGAAGAUCACCGACCCAGAUGUCCGACACAUCUGGAAGACCAACAGCUUGCCGCUGCGCUUCUGGAUCAACAUCCUGAAAAACCCGCAGUUCGUGUUCGACAUGGAGAAGACGCCUCACCUGGACGGCUGCCUGUCGGUCAUCGCUCAGGCCUUCAUGGACUCCUUUUCUCUGAGCGAGACCCAGCUGGGGAAGCAUGCACCAACCAACAAGCUGCUCUAUGCCAAAGACAUUCCCAAGUUCAAGCAGGAAGUGAAGGCUUACUAUAAGCAGAUCAGGGAGCAGCCAGCAGUGAGCGAUGCUGAAUUUAAAGACUUCCUGAAGGGAGAGUCCAAGAAACAUGAAGGCGAGUUCAAUGAAGCGGCGGCCCUCAGAGAACUCUUCAAAUUCAUACAGCGCUACUUCACAGAGAUUAAAGAGAAGCUGUCCAGUAACGGCGCCCCCGCUGAGCUGUUGGAGCAACUGCAGCAUGUCAAAGACUUGUUUGACGGACUGAAGAGCUGCUCCUGGAACUGAGCGCUAAUGCUGACCUGACGUGAACUACGACA